AUGAACGCAACAUCCAGCUUCUCCACCUUCUUGACAAGUGGAUUAAACACUUUUGCAACUAAAGAUCCCUGGUCAGAUGAAAUCCUCGCCUUGUGGCUGCCUAUAGCUGCCUACUGGAUAUACUCUACGUUCUGGCAUUUUGUCAUGAAGUUUGAAAUCCCAUACUUUGAACAAUACAGAAUCCACACAUUAGGAGAUAUGGAAAAGAGAAACAGAGUAAGUCUGCCAAGAGUGCUGAGUAUGGUGGCUCUCCAACAAAUCAUCCAAGUGGUGCUUGGUGUGCUUGUUCUACACCCCAUUGACCCUGUGUCAAACGCUAUCGAACAAGAAAACGCUUUGAGAUGGUGGACCGGAUUGUUUUUAUCCGGCACUCAUCGAUUGGGUUUAUCUCAUCAUCUAGCCAGAGUUGUAUAUUGGAUUGUGAUUCCUGCAAUUCAGUUUGUGAGUGGCAUGAUCAUUAUGGACGCUCAUCAAUACUUUUUUCAUCGUUUAUUUCAUGUCAACAAAUUCCUGUAUAAGCAUGUACAUUCACAUCACCAUCGCUUGUAUGUGCCCUAUGCUUUCGGCGCACUUUACAACCACCCAGUGGAAGGAUUCUUGUUGGAUUCAGUUGGUGCAACAAUUGCUAUGGAAUUAACAAGAAUGACUCCUAGGUUGACUGUAGUGUUUUUCACCUUUUCCACUUUAAAGACAGUCGAUGAUCAUUGUGGCUAUGCACUUCCAUGGGACCCAUUGCAAUUCUUAUUUGGAAACAAUGUGCAAUAUCAUGAUAUUCAUCAUCAAGCAUUUGGCAUCAAGAGGAACUUUUCGCAACCUUUCUUUACCUUUUGGGACAAAUUGCUAGGCACAGAGAUGUCGAUAAAGGAAGCAGAAAAGAGAGGUGCAUUCAAGAACAAGAAAUCGAAAUAA